AUGUGUCCCGGUGCAGACCACGAGCCCAAUGGGCACGCCAAUGGUGCCAAUGGUCCCGGUGCUAUUGGUGUGAACGAGCGCGUCAACGGUGAUGCCUCCUCGCACCCCGGCUUCACCGGCGUUGAGACUCGCCAAAACCCUCACCCCUCCAGCGCUCGUAAUCCCUACGGCCACAAUGCUGCUGUUACCGACUUCCUGAGCAACGUCUCGCGGUUCCAGAUCAUUGAGAGCACCCUCCGUGAGGGUGAGCAGUUUGCCAACGCCUUCUUUGAUACAGAGAAGAAGAUUCAGAUCGCCAAGGCUCUCGAUGACUUUGGUGUUGACUACAUCGAGCUUACCAGCCCUUGUGCUUCGGAGCAGUCGAGACUUGACUGCGAGGCUAUUUGCAAGCUCGGUUUGAAGGCCAAGAUUCUCACCCACAUCCGUUGCCACAUGGAUGAUGCUAGGAUCGCUGUCGAGACUGGCGUUGACGGAGUUGACGUCGUUAUUGGUACUUCGUCCUACCUCCGUGAGCACUCUCACGGUAAGGACAUGACCUACAUCAAGAACGCCGCCAUCGAAGUCAUCGAGUUCGUCAAGUCCAAGGGCAUUGAGAUCCGUUUCUCCUCUGAGGACUCGUUCCGUUCGGACCUCGUUGACCUCCUCUCCAUCUACUCUGCUGUCGACAAGGUUGGUGUCAACCGUGUCGGUAUUGCCGACACCGUCGGUUGCGCGUCUCCCCGCCAGGUCUACGAGCUUGUCCGUGUUCUGAGAGGUGUUGUCAGUUGUGACAUUGAAACUCACUUCCACAAUGACACUGGAUGCGCUAUCGCCAACGCCUACUGCGCUCUCGAGGCCGGUGCCACUCACAUUGACACCUCGGUCCUCGGUAUUGGUGAGCGUAACGGUAUCACCCCUCUCGGUGGUCUGAUGGCCCGUAUGAUGGUUGCCGACCGCGACUACGUCAAGAGCAAGUACAAGCUCGAGAAGCUCAAGGACAUCGAGGACCUCGUUGCUGAGGCCGUUGAGGUCAACAUCCCCUUCAACAACUACAUCACUGGUUUCUGUGCCUUCACCCACAAGGCUGGUAUCCACGCCAAGGCCAUCCUGAACAACCCCAGCACCUACGAGAUCAUCAACCCCGCCGACUUUGGCAUGUCCCGCUACGUUCACUUCGCUUCUCGUCUGACCGGCUGGAACGCCAUCAAGUCGCGUGCCCAGCAGCUCAACAUCGAGAUGACCGACAACCAGUACAAGGAAUGCACCUUCAAGAUCAAGGCCCUUGCUGACAUCCGGCCCAUCGCUGUCGAUGAUGCUGACAGCAUCAUCCGUGCGUACUACCGCAACAUCAAGUCGGGUGAGAACAACCCUCUCCUGGACCUGACUGCUGAGGAGCAGGCUCAGCUUGCUGCCAAGGAGAAGGAAUUGGCCGCGCAAGGUAAUACCGCCUAA